CUGAUAUCCUAAAAGAAUUCAGAAAGAAACAGAAAAUGGCUGGGACCGGUUGGAUUUGGGUGACAUCUUGUUUAGUUGCCCUUGUAGCCUCACAGAGUUGUCCAGACCAAGAUUCUAGCCUCAAAAAAUGGUCCGAAGACGCAACUUGGAAUGGAGAGGAACCAAAGGAGGGGGACAGUCUUGUCAUACAAGAUGGCGACUCCUUCCUUCUGGACACCUCCCCGCCUCCUCUGGACUCCAUCACCAUAGAGUCUGGCGGGAAACUGGUCGUUGCUGACGGCAUGGACAUUAAGCUGAGUGUCAAGUACAUCUUGAUUCGCGGGGAGAUGCACGUGGGCUCGGAAGAUUGCAAGUUUACGGGAAAACUCCAUAUAACAGUGCGAGGUAACCUUGGUGAAUACAAGGUGGACGGUUUUGGGGAGAAGUUUAUCGGAGUAGCUUCCGGGGGAGUCCUGGAGAUCCAUGGGGAAUACCGUCUGCCAUGGACCAAACUCACCUCCAAUGUCAAGGCCGUUGAAUAUAUCUCCAAUGUGAAGAAUAUCGCUAUAGACCAAAACAAUGAGGACAACGGUGAACUUGGAGACGACAAUGGAAUCGAUGAUGAUGAUGCAGUGGUCGACGAUACAUCGACCGAUCCCGACAUUAAAGCCAGUAAAAACAUCCGGGCACUUGUCAUCUACGUAUUCAACGAGAACACGGGCGUGAUGGAAUCGGCUGCUCAGCUAGUGAAUACAGAAGGAAGAUCCAAAAACUUUCACCAAAAUGUCGCAAACGCCAAAUCCAUUCUUGACAAUAUUCCCGCCGGACGUAUCGUUGCCAUUGCUCUGAAAAGGCGGUUCAGAGAAGAGAAAGUGAACACCACGGGUCUACACAGUAUGUUAGAGGAGUGGGCGUACGGGGCGGUGGACGGCUCCUCACUCAAAUUCCGGGACUAUAAGUUCCACGGCGCAUGGGCGAUGAUUAAAAAACAAGGCGAUGAUUCAACCACUCAGGAGAUUCUCCUUAAUGAAGACGGAAAACCGGUGCGUAUUGCGGAACUUUAUCACGAGGAGAACGGCAUUAAAUUCGGCGUCCGUAGCUGGGUCCAUACAGUCAAAAGGGGAAUGUGUUAUUCCCGGGGAAAGUCCAGUCUUGUAGAAAACUCACUCCCUAUUCUAAACUUGGUUGAUAAUACGCAAACAUGGCGCACAGGAGACCAAAUUGUGCUUUUGUCCACCGAUUUUGACUGGAAACAAAGAGAAUUUGGAACAAUUAUUGACUGUACAACGUGUACUUCAAAUCAAGUCCGAGUGAACAUUGAGCCACAGUUUGAUCAUUUUGGUGAGGUCUACAAGAAUGUAGACAUGCGCGGCGAGGUGGCCCUUAUAAACCGAAACAUCGUGAUAGAAGGGGAGGCGGAUGCUGACGGCAAGAAGAUGGGUGGACAUAUCAAGUUUUUAAAGGGAUUCACAACGGUCCAAGUAAACAAUGUGGAAUUGGUUCGCAUGGGCCAGCAGACGUCACUAGGCAACUACCCGCUCCACUUCCACAUGUGUGGAGAUGUGGAUGACAGAGAUAAGCCGUCCCUGCUGAGUGGAAACAGCAUCAGGGAUUCGUUUGCGCGCUGUAUCACCGUUCACGGCAGUCAUGGUGCUCAGGUGAGAAAUAAUUUCUGCCUUAACACCCUGGGUCAUGGCUACUUCCUGGAAGAUGGCGGCGAGAAGAGAACGGUGCUGGACGGCAAUCUGGGUGCAGGACAGAAGAAGUCCAAACUAAUCAGUACCGACAAAUUCCCGACAACAUUUUGGAUCACGAACCCUCAGACCUAUGUUAGAAACAACGUGGCUGCUGGCGGGGCGGGUCAUGGGUUUUGGUUUGUCUAUCCGAACGAACCGUUAGAUGCUUCUGAAGGCCUGGGGAUGAUGGACUUGUACGAAGCUAUGCAUACUGCCAUUUUUGAAUUUGAUAACAAUGUGGCACAUUCCAAUGUCAAGAGUGGGUUGUUCAUCGACAACAUCCUGAAAAACGAUGGCUCCCUUGGAGACACCAACACGUAUGAGCCCUGGAACGAUCCCAAAGACCCCGACUCCGGCGCCAAAAUGGUCACAAUUAGCCGACUCACAGCAUAUAAAAACAUGAAACAGAACGCCUGGAUUAAUGGUGGAUACAUCAAAGUCACCCAAUCCUCAUUUUCUGAUAGCAUCAUUGGAUUGACCUUUAAAAGGAGUUCUCCCCAAGAACAGUUCAUCGACAACAGCGUCUUUGUAGGGGAUUCCCCCAACAUCGGAUCACCAUCUGUCGUCGCCAAGUUUGCGGGUUGGGGACGAUCUGUGCCUUUGGAAUUUGCAGAUCAGCCCCGACAGGGUUUUGUAUUUUACCAUGGACCUGUUUACGUCAGUGACACGUGGUUUGGGGAUUUCGCCGACACAGAUAACUAUAGGUCGGGAGCUUUGGGAUUUCAGCGAGACAAUGAAGGUCACAGCUCGCCAAUCAGCGCAGUCAGCGGAAUCAAAUUCGCCUUUUCAGAUCCGUCCGAAGGCAACAGAGUGUUCGACGGAAACGCCACGGAUACUGGUUUUUCCAACAGUGAUGGCGACGUGAUCGGGUCUUUCCGUGACACUGACGGGACUGUGUACAAAGCGGGGGCUCAGAUCGUUAAAGCCGUACCUUUCCAUCUGACACCAAACUGUGCCCAGAGGAGCAAUUGGAAAAUGAUGGCUUGUGAAGAAUCAUUUGGACAGGUGCGCGUCUCUUGGGGUUCAUGGAUGAAAAAGAACACCGCCUCUGACAUAUCUAUAUACCGCGAUGACCUCCCAGAGAACCCGAUUGUAGCCGACGCUCGCAAAAAAGCUCCAUUUAUGGCCGUAUUGGGUGGCAAAUACAGCUAUUUGGCCAAACUGAAUGGGAAUAUGUCCAAUGGUGUUCAGUUUGAAGCCCUUGGAUUUACAAAGACAAAAACAGCCCGUAUUGGACUGUGUGUACCCAGGGACGCCAGUGUCAAUCUAAAAUUCCUCGGUCUCUCGGACGCUUUGUGGAAGAAAGGAACACUAGUUGACUCCCUUGAUGAAUUGGACGCUAGCACCAACCCACUGGAUUACUUUGUAGAUUCUGAAGUCGGGGUUGUGUUCUUCAAAGCGAUGCACUCUCGAGAGUACACCUCUACCGAUGUGACGGAUUGCCUUGACAACAUAUGCCCAAAAAUUUCGGUAAUGGUGAGAGGCGGUGACGUCACGGACUCUGACUGUACUUCCCGAGCAUAUCCGAAGUACCAACAGGAUGCAGACGAUGUUACUUUGGAACCGGACACCUCAGCUUUACCCUCCACUGAUCUGUACCCACCAAGUACUUGGGGAGCCGGUGCCACACGUGAAUAGUUUAAGAAAAACUUGGAUACCCAUUUUUAAAGUGUUUGUUCAAUUUGUAUAUUUAUGAUAAAUCAUCGUGCACAUCAAAAA